CUGUGGUUGGCUCUCUCAGUCUCCCACUCCGGUGACGUCACGGCCGAUGGCGAGGCCCCGCCCCCUCUCUCUCAGUCACUCUGUGGUUGGCUCCCAGUCGGGUGACGUCACUGCCGAUGGCGGGGCCCUGUCCCUGAAGCUCAGCUCAGCCCAGGCCGGGGACUCAGCGCAGUGCUGCAGCCGCUGCCAUGGAGCUGGAGGACGGCAUGGUGUACCAGGAGGAGCCGGGCAGCUCGGCGGUCAUGUCGGAGCGGGUGUCGGGCCUGGCCGGCUCCAUUUACCGCGAGUUCGAGCGUCUGAUCGCGCAGUAUGACGAGGAGGUGGUGAAGGAGCUGAUGCCGCUGGUGGUGGCCGUGCUGGAGAACCUGGACUCCGUGUUCGCAGACAACCAGGAGCACGAGGUGGAGCUGGAGCUGCUCAAAGAGGACAACGAGCAGCUCAUCACCCAGUACGAGAGGGAGAAGGCCCUGCGCAAACACGCCGAGGAGGUGGGUAGGGGGCUCUCACCGGGGAAAGGGGGAGGGAACCACAUAGUGACAGGGGACACCCCCCUCCCUCCAAUACAGUGUACCCCCUUAUUAUACUGAGUACCCCCCACUAACCAGGGAGGGCACAUAGUGACAGGGGACACCCCCCCUCCCUCCAAUACAGUGUACCCCCUUAUUAUACUGAGUACCCCCCACUAACCAGGGAGGGCACAUAGUGACAGGGGACACCCCCCCCUCCCUCCAAUACAGUGUACCCCCCAUUAUACUGAGUACCCCCCACUAACCUGGGAGGGCACAUAGUGACAGGGGACACCCCCCUCCCUCCAAUACAGUGUACCCCCUUAUUAUACUGAGUACCCCCCACUAACCAGGGAGGGCACAUAGUGACAGGGGACACCCCCCCUCCCUCCAAUACUGAGUACCCCAAACUAACCCAGGGAGGGGGGGCACAUACUGACAGGGGACACCCCCCACCCUCCAAUACUGAGUACCCCCUCACAUACCGAGAGUACCCCCCACCUUCAACCCAGGAGGGGGGGCACACAGCACAGGACACCUCCAAUACAGUGUACCCCCUCAUUAUACUGAGCACCCCCACUAACCCAGGAGGGGGCACAUAGUGACAGGGAACACCUCCCCUCCACCACUGAGUACCCCCCACUAACCAGGAGAGGUGGGGCCACAUAGUGACAGGGGACACCCCCCUCCCUCCAAUACAGUGUACCCCCUUAUUAUACUGAGUACCCCCCACUAACCAGGGAGGGCACAUAGUGACAGGGGACACCCCCCCUCCCUCCAAUACAGUGUACCCCCUUAUUAUACUGAGUACCCCCCACUAACCAGGGAGGGCACAUAGUGACAGGGGACACCCCCCCCUCCCUCCAAUACAGUGUACCCCCCAUUAUACUGAGUACCCCCCACUAACCUGGGAGGGCACAUAGUGACAGGGGACACCCCCCUCCCUCCAAUACAGUGUACCCCCUUAUUAUACUGAGUACCCCCCACUAACCAGGGAGGGCACAUAGUGACAGGGGACACCCCCCCCUCCAAUAUAGUGUACCCCCCCACUAACCAGGGAGAACUCCCCCCUCCAAUACAGUGUACCCCCCACUAACCCAGGAGGGGGGCACAUACUGACAGGGGACCCCCUAAUAUAUAUAUAUAUAUAGUGUAUCCCCUCAUCACCCCUAUUACACUGACUACUCCCAACUAACCUGGGAGGAGGGGGGCACGUACGGACAGGGAACCCCCUCAUUAUAACCCCCCUAUUAUACUGACUACUCCCCUACUAACCUGGGAGGGGCACAUACUGAGCGAAACCCCCUAAUAUAUAGCAUAAAAACCCCCAUUAUACUGAGGACCCCCACUAACCUGGGAGGGGGGUCACGUACUGACAGGGGACUUCCUAUGUAGUGUACCCCUAACAAUAACUCCCAUUAUAUAGAGUACCUCCACUAGCCUGGGAGGGGGGCACACAUACUGACCGGGGACCCCCUCCUAAUCCCCCACUAUCCUGGGAGGGGUGACACAUACUGACAGGGGACCUCCUGCUAUAUAGUAUACCCCCCAAUAAUAACCCCCAUUGUACCGUGUACCCCAAACUAACCCCCAUUAUAAUGAGUACUCUAAACUAACCCCCUUAUUGCACUGAGUGCCCCUACUAACUCUUAUAUGUACUAUGGGGGACUUUCAUAUGCUAAAUUUCCCCUUACUAAAUAUUCUAUGUAAUAUGAGGGGCCCUCUUAUAGAGUAACCCCCUUACUAACACUUCUCUGUACUAUGGCAUACCCUCAUACAGUGCUCACCUAUAUACUAAUUCUUUUAUGCACUUUGGAGUACUGUACCGUCAUACAGUGAACAUUAUUGUAUGAAGUCUCAUGCUCCCACAAUAAGAACUUCCAUACCAAGUGUUGUGCUCACUGUGGGGGACCUCUGUACUAAGUCUCCUAUGUACUGUGAGGGAUGUUUCUAAUGGUAUGGCGCAUCCUAAUGCAGUGAGCCCCACCAUACUACCUACUUACUUCCUAUGUACUAUGGGGGACCUGCAUACAUUGAGUACUUCCAUACUAUGUGUCCAUAGCACCAUGUGCGGACCCUCAGACAGUAACUCCAUACUAAGUCAGCUAUGCACUAUUGGGUAUCCUCUGUGUUCUGAUCCAUGCACUAGGCAACUCCUUACUAUUGGUUCCUACUGAACACAGAGGAUAAGGACCCCUAAAUAUAGGAACCUCUUAUGCACGGAGUCAGGCAACCCAUUAUAUAAUGAUCCCUACCUUCUUUACACCGGGAUUCCCCAUACACUGCGCAUUCUAUAUACCCUGGAGACUUGUAGUUUGUGCUUGAAGGCUCUUGUAUGCUGACUAUCCUUCAUACACGAGUACCUCCAGUAUAUUGGACAUCUUUUAUAUGCCAGCAAUCUCCACAAAGUUUUAUGGACCACGAGUAUCCCCAGUAUACUGGAACCCAUCAUGUCCUGGUCGCCUCAGACAAUAAGGGUCCCUGCAAACUAUAUACAGUAAGGAUCAUCAGUAGAACAUUAUGUAGUGUUUUGUAGCAAGUCAGGAACAAUACAUUUCAUGUACAACUUUAAAAGAUAGACACCAGCAGGGAUUUAUUAGAAAUGUUUACUCCAUGGCAAAACCAGGACUAACUUUCUAUUUAUAUGCUAAUUUAGACUGAGAAUCCUUUAUAAUCCCAUUUUGGACAUAGAUUCUAGAAUAGGACUCAUAACUGCUGCAGAACCUCUUUACAAUCAGGAGCUGUCCAGUGCUAACAUGCAGGUAACUGCCUGCAGCAGCUUUCAAAUUUAUUUACUUUUUUUUUUUUUGUUGUUGUCUCUGUACCCAGACAAUUAGACAACAUGUGGAUGUUUAUUCCUUGUGGCCUGCUUGCUGGUACUCCCCAAAUUUGGUUACACUUUUUUUUUUUUAUCAUACUGAUGUAAGCUGGACAAAGGCAUGUAGCCUAAAACAAGCCAGAGCCCAUUUCAUCCAACAAAGCAAUUAUAUUGUCUUGUGCUAUAAAAUAUGUAGGUCAGGAUUAAUAAAAGACAGGUGCUUUAUUUCUUGUACUUUUCCUUAUGUCCAUGCUUAGCAGGAAUGUUGGCUAUUGUACGUCUUUGCAGAAUAUGCUUUAUAAAAAGAUUAACUACAAUGGGUGCUGGAACCCACCUAAAUGUAGAUUGAGUUAAGAUUCUUUUAAAGGCAGUAUACAACCUUUGUGGGAUUCCACGUUUCAUUCCUUUGACAUCAUCGAUUCAAUUGGUCAUAAGCGAAAUUUGCCAAGUGCACGUUCUUGCUUGUUGCUUAUGGAGUGAUAGUGAAUGAUCCCAAUUGAAUCUCUGUCCAGUGAUCUGAUUAAAACUGAUUGCAAACUUUAAUGUCAUGUGGCAUCAAAACGGCUUAGACUGGCAUAUCCCUAAAUGUCACGAUGAAGCAGUGUCUGUUUUGCCAUGUAGCCCUAAGCUGUUUAAGUGUUGUUUCCAAAGAUAACACCUGUUGGGUUACUAGUGUAUUGCCACAGCUGUUAUUUUAUUUGACAGUGAGAUGCUAAUGGGUAUUAUUCUCUUAACUAGAACUGUGGGAAAAUUAACAAGAAAAUUGCUAAUGUUAAACUAAAAUCGGAAAAUCGUUUAUUUUUCUGUAUUUUUAUACUCUUAUUGUGGCCUUAAAUUUGCAAUUUCUUUUGUCAGUUUUCCAGAAUUCUUGUUUUAAUGAAUAAGCCCAGUCUUUCAAUAAGAUUCUAUUAUGAUUGCCCACUUGUAGGAAUAUUGAUACAAGUCCGGAAGUUACACAAUCCUUUUUGUUUCAUAUUUGGCAAUGGAAGCAUCAUUUUAGUCCUGUUAAUUAACUUUGUAAAAGUAAAUUGUACAUCAUCCAGGCACAGCCAGGCGUAAAGUUUUAUAUUAAACACAAAGUGUGUUUGGACCUGCAAAAACAUAUGGAUUAAUUGGGCAUUAAGCAAUAAGGCUUGGGUAUAUGAUAGCUGUGGUAUCUCUGCCUUUUCUGUUUGCAAAAGGAGGACAUGUCUCCUGGAUGCUGAUAUCUGAUAAGAGAUGUGUGCAGGGGAGAUAAACUUACCUGAAGCUAUCCCUCUUCUGUGCCACCUUCUCUCUCCGCAAACGAAGAUUCCAGGAGUUAAAUUAAGUGCUUUUAAUGUACCAAAACCUUUACAUCUUAAUGGAGAGGUUUUGGUGCAUAGAUACUGUCCAUUUUCUCAGAAUAAACAAAGUAAACUUUGGCAUUUCUGAGAAGUGGCAUUGUUUGAAUUUGUCAUAAAACCUGCUUCACUGGUGGCUGUCGCUGAAUGCUUCCAGUACUGCUCGUAGAGAAGUUCUGGAUGGAGUGCUUCUACAUGAGAAGCAUUUGAUUGACACAGUAAUUGCUUCCUGUGCUCCAAAGGUUCUCAUUGCAUCCAGUUGAGUCAAAUAUCAUCAAUGUGAGGGAUGGGGGGCGGGGGAAUGUUAAAUCAGUACUGUGUAGCAAGGUAUCUUUGAAUGCUCAACAUUUUAAACUUGAAGUGGAUGGGUGACAGUAGCAGAAGUCCACUCUGGUUUCCACUCCUGCCAACCAAGGAACGAAAACUGAGAACUGGUAGAACAUUACCUGAUCUGACACAUCUCGAUUUGUGCUGUAACAUGCAGAAAGAAUGUGGCUUAAACGUGAAUGCAUCCUGCCUGUGCCAAAUGUUCAGUCUUGUGAUGUGUGUUCCAUUAUCACCAUGGUGUAUCCAUAUUCUAAUGGCUUCUUCCUGCAGGAUAAGACAUAAUGUCACAAAGCCCAUGUCAUUUCAUAAAAGUUUCACCUAUGUAAAAGCGUUCAGUUUACUGGCAGGCUGAGUCACAGGGUGCCUGGCACCAUAACUACUGCAGUGUGCUGUAGUGGUUAUGGCAUUUGGUAUCUCUUUAAAUUAUUUUAAAAGUAACAGAUGGUUGCAAUUAGUAUAAAGUUGUGCAGGAUAGGUGUAUGUUUUAACUAGACAUUUUAUGAUGUAUGUGAAAUAGUGACUUUUCUUGUAAACCAGUUUGUAUCUGGGUUUUUGGGCUGGGCAGUGCCUGUUAAUAGAUUGUGGUUUUUUUAAUCUUGUGUGCUGAGUAAUCCAUUAGGAAAGACUGUUUUUAAUAGACAUUGUUAACUCUAAAAUAAGGCCAGAGCUGAAACUGGGUGUCAAAUGUACUCGCACUGUAGUGAGGUGGAAGAGGAACACAGAGCUGCGGAAUCCAGAACUAUCUGUUGAACAAAAGUGCUUUAUGGCUCUUAAAGGGGAAGACAGGCCAACAUUUAUUUAUUUAUCUACCUGUCUUUUUUAAAUGGAUGUUUUGGUGUCGGACAGCUUUUAUUGCUCACUGAAUCCUUAGUCUUUGAAUAAUCUUAUCACAAGAAAAAUUAGUAAUGUGCCUGCAUUCAUUAAGAAACAUAGAAUGUGACGUCAAAUAAGAACCAUUCGGCCCAUCUAGUCUGCCCAAUUUUCUCAAUACUUUCAUUAGUCCCUGGCCUUAUCUUAUAACUAGGAUAGCCUUAUGCCUAUCCCAAGCAUGCUUAAACUCCUUCACUAUGUUAACCUCUACCACUUCAGCUGGAAGGCUACUCAAUGCAUCCACUACCCUCUCAGUAAAGUAAUGCUUCCUGAUAUUAUUUUUAAACCUUUGCCCUCUAAUUUAAGACUAUGUCCUCUUGUUGUGGUAGUUUUUCUUCUUUUAAAUAUAGUCUCCUCCUUUACUGUGUUGAUUCCCUUAAUGUAUUUAAAUGUUUCUAUCAUAUCCCCCCGUCUCGUCUUUCCUCCAAGCUAUACAUGUUAAGAUCCUUUAACCUUUCCUGGUAAGUUUUAUCCCGCAAUCCAUGAACCAGUUUAGUAGCCCUUCUCUGAACUCUCUCUAAGGUAUCAAUAUCCUUCUGAAGAUACGGUCUCCAGUACUGUGUAUAAUACUCCAAGUGAGGUCUCACCAGUGUUCUGUACAAUGGCAUGAGCACUUCCCUCUUUCUAGAGCUAAUACAUCUUCCUAUACAUCCAAGCAUUCUGCUAGCUCGUGAUCACACUUCCAAUGCAAUCCUUAGGAAAGUUGGGAUUAGUAUUGGAUCCAUGUGGGACACUGUUUGCGCAGAUAGCAUUGAAGCCAGUAUGCGUUUGUGCCACAUCCUCAUUAUCAGAGAAAAGAUGGGGUUUAUUUACCAAGCGCUGAUUUGAAAGCUGAAUUUCUAACUGUAGGAUAAAAUAUUAUACUCCAUGACUAUGGCAAUGUGUUACGAUUCCCAGUCUGGCUAACUUGGCCUAAAAUGUCUGUUUUUUUUUUUUUUUUUUGCUCUUCACUAUGGCUCCAUGUUUAGUGAAUGAAUAAAGCCACAUUUAUCACCCUGAAUCACAGGCGGUCCACAUUUUCUUAGUGCCUGCAGUGAUAGCGAAACAUUUUGUAUAUUUUUAGGAUGUUAGGUUUUUGGAUUUUGCAUUCAGCACAGUCUGCUAGGUGCUAACCUUUACUUACUGUAGUGUUAUAUGUGGAUCUCUUAAUUAAUUUCUUUGUUUCCUUUCUUUAUCCCUGUGUGCUCUUUUUAUAAUUCUUUUUUUUCCAGUUUUCAGCCUUUUCCCUGCCUUGUGUCUGCAGCCGCCCCUGCCCACCCUCUUUCCUUUCUUUUCCAAGCCUGUUUGCCAGCAGCCCUGGCGCUAGGUGAGCUGCAGUAACGCUGCUGGUGUAACGUAUCACAGUGGGUGCUGAGCUAAUGAAUGGCUGCCUUUAGUUAUACGUGCUGUGCUAGGGUGUUAUUGUGUCUUAUGAGCUUGAGGUCGGAAUUACCCUGUGCUCUGCUAGGUGAGUCUUACUUCCUUGUUCAUAUCAAAUAUAAAAUGCAUUCCACACUCGGUCUUGAUAUAUAGAGAUUGUUCAUAACAUUGAAAAUAACUUUUCCUACAUGUUUAACUAACCCUGAUCAAGGUGAUCGUCUUUGGUGGUUGGUGAUGGUGCGCAGCCUGGGAUUUUCCAAGACAAUAGAUUGGUUGGGGCCAAUCUUAUGAUGACUGGUGGAUAUAUUGACUGAAUAUAGCUCCAUAUUGGUGGGGCAAAGCUUAGCUGAGUGUGAUGCAGUGAAACAUGUAGUUGUCUUGAAAAAGUCCCGUGGGAGGGACGAAACGCGUAGACGGGUGAAUCGGAUGAACCUACACCUGCUGUGAUUGAGGAGUGAGAGCAGGAAGCGUUUUCGUACUUUGGCGUUUUUUUUUCAUCGGAUGAACUUAUUUGGUAUUGAAGCUGUAACGAGCUGUGGCGGUGAGUGUGUCCUGUAUAUAUCGCGGUCUUUUUUGAAGAUCCCGACCGCGGUAUACUCUACAUCAUUCUGAGGAACCAUCUGUGCCACUUGCUGGACUUUACCAUCUCUCCAAGUUUAUCAUUAUCGCCUCCAGCUUGUUUUAUUCAUUAUUAUUUUUUCUACACGUUCUGUGUAUACACCUCGGUGGGGGGCCCACACCGAGGAAAGGUACUUUUUAUAUCUAUUACAGUAUAUACUUAGUAUAGUAUUACGUGUUAGAAUUGUUAUAUUUGUAUCUGGGUCUGGUAGGGAUGCUACUCUGACACUUUGUUACUUUUUACCUAGUGUCUGAGAUAAUCCUUUUGACCGGGUUACUUCACUCUGCAUUUUUGUGUGAUCAUAUUUGCCUUUUUUUUUUUUUAAGGGAUACAUUGUUUUUUAUCUCAUAUCAGCAGGUCUAGGUCAUCUUUGAUCUGUUUUUUUACAUUUGUUAUUUAUUAUUUAUUUUAUUUUUUGGAAUAAAAUAUUGAUUUAUUGAUUUGUUUACAUUCUUAAUUACCAUAUGUCUUAUGAUUAAAGAGCGCACACGCUUUGUUUAACUUUUGAGCUUAUACUCAUUUUUAGUCGCUGGUGGAUGUGUGUAGCUGCUCUUAUUUUUAUUUUUUUGUUCUUUAUAUGUAUUGCACCUAUAUUGUAUUUUUUAAACAUGUAGUUGUGGUACUGUUCUUGAACUGCAAUUUACCUGCUUUGCAGCAAGUGGUUUGGGCCAUGUAAAAGAUGGAUUUAUGUGCAUUAUUGCCCCUUUCUUUUUAUGGUUGGGGGGAUUGUGAGCGUUAUGUCUGGGUGAAGUGCUGUUUAUCCUCCCUUCUUUUUCUUGUAAACCGAUUUGGGAGUGGUUUGGUUUCCUCGCCAGCAUCCUGUUAAACUAAACAUUUCCUCUCAAAACUCCAUUUCUUUGCCUUUUCUCUUUCUGUAUGGAUUGACCUUAAAAUACUAAAGUAAAGAGGAAAUAGGGCAAGUAACUACUGUGGAUUCAGUUUUAUCGGGGUUAUUUACUAAAUCUGAAAUUUGUUAAAUGAACACUCCAAGUACCAUAACCACUACAGCACACUAUAGCAGUUCUGAACCCCAAUGUAAAUAGUCAAUCAGUUUGACUUUUAUUUGGGGUCUGCUGGGCCCCCAUCCCUACCUCCACUUCAAUGUUGUCUCUAGCAGAAGCUAGAAGUCUGUCUCCCAAACCAGCUAUUUUGGUUUUAAUUUUGUAAUGGUGUAUUCAGUUCACUAAAAUUUGCUGUUUAGUAAUAAGAUCUUGGUUUUCUGUCCAUUUUUGUAAGAGAGGACCAGUAGCUUACUAAAGCCCAAUUCACUAUAAAAGGUUAGAGGCGUUUUAAACUUUAAAGCAAAGUUGAGGAAUUGUUUAGAAUAAGUGCCUUCACAGACUGUGUGCCAAAGACACGUCGACUCCAUGUGGGAAACAUGUGAUUAUCAAUCUCUCCAGUGGUAUCCAGAUCUAACCUUAUUAUACAGUCUGCUUAAUGUAAAGCUCUGCUUUAAUUUAAACCAUUCUGUAUCUGAACGGGUUUAUUUGCGGAACUUUCGGUUACUGCAUAUUUUAGACCCAAGUUCUCCAACAAGCUUUUUGUCCAGUUUAGCUAAUGUAUGUAUAAAAUCCUUAAUUCCCUAUCCAGAUCUAGAUAUUUGCCAAUUUAAAUGAACAGUCAAAGUGCCAUAACCAAUACGGCCUGCUCUAGUGUUCAUGGUUUGAGGACCGUCCUGACGCUGUCCAACAUGUACAGUCGAAGCAUUUUUUAUUAGGGUUCUACAACUUGCCUCUGUCCUGCCAUGAUAGUGUGCCCGCAGCACUGCUACAGGUCUCUGCUGCAAAAGAAUCCAGUUCGCUUUACAGAGCUAUGUUGAACACGCUCAUUGUGUGGCUCUGUGUUUGCAAGGCUUUUACACUGCAGUGAAUUUUGAAUUCUCCUGCAAACCCCCCCUCCCCCUCCCCCCCCCAAAAAAAACCGCAUGUGGCGUUUGUCCUUGGUAGAUCCAAGUAUGUUGUCAUACCAUUCUAAGACUGUUUGACCACUUAUCGGGACAGUGCCAGGGCACUCAGGACUGUAGAGGAUAUGAUGAUGUACCAUAACCACCAGAGGUAAUUGUAGUUGUAUGAUUCUGGAACGACAUUAUUAUUUAUAUAGCGCCAUCAGAUUCCGUAGCGCUGACAUGUUACCAUGUGUACUUUUGCAGCCAGUCAAGUGUGAUGACUGUAGACAAACCGUAGGGUUAUCUGCCACUACAAUGAGAGAUCUUUCUUUUGUGUGAAUAUAAUACAAGGCAGCUAGUUAAUCUAUCCAUUAAAAAUAAAUGAAGUUUCUCGUUUCAGGCGUCUGGGUGGCGCAUGUCAUAUUAUUCACAGAAUAGAAGGAUUAUAUGCUUGUUUUACUUUUAGUUUGUUUCCCCUGUUGGAUAACUAUAAAACAAAUGUCUCUUUAGCAGAAAAAUACUUUGUUCUGUUUUCUUUAUAUUCUGCUUUAUCUUAUCACCAUUCAUGUGACUUGUGAAGGAUUUUUAACUCCACAAUUACUCAAAGCUGCCUGCGAUUGGAAAUCAGUAGAAAAGAUUGCUUCUGUCCUUUUCGAAGGCAAAUGACAUCACUGAUUUAGUCAUUUAUGGACUUUAAGUCACAGCGCAGAUAAUGGAGGGAGUUGUACCAUCAUAAAACUUUGUGUUGAAACCUUUAAAUUUAAAGGGACACUUGUAUUGCUGAGCCAUGUACCAGAUUGUUACAGCAGACAUAAUUGUUAGUUAUGUACUUUGCAAACGUGUUAUUUCUGUUACCCAACAAGGCAUACAUGGGUGUAAAUCACUUUAAUUUGGCACAACAUGUAGGCUCCAGCAAUGAUGUUUAAUUAUUUCAUGCCAAACGGGCUUUUUUCUUCUUCCUUUUUAUUUUUCUUCCCUUUUUUUUAAAGCAGCCAGCAGAGUUUAGGUUAAAAUGCAAGGCUCUGUCUGGGAAUCUGAGAAUUCCAGCAAUACAGUUCCCCACCCCUCCCCUCGCACUGGUAGGCAGAGAUGUGUUAAAGGAAUUUCCUCCCUUGUGAUCACAUGAUUAUAUUAGGAGAGACUUGGCAAUAGACCGUAUUCCAAAUACUAAAUGUGAAUCUGUUAUCAUUUCACCCAACAGUCUCUAUUUAAGUGGGACAGUUCCUGUUUUCAGGCCAAAUCCCGUUGUCGUCGUCGUCCCCCGUCCCCCGUCCCCUUUUUUUUUUUUAAAUCUAAAAUCCCUCUUUUGUAGGAGCUCAGUAUUCUUGGUGUGUCUGAAUGUAUCAUAGAAUCUAUUCUAGUACUCCACAUCAAUAAUACUGCCAGUAAUGUGCCUUUAAACUACAAUAAACGUGUUUUUAGAAAUCGGUUUGUGCAAAGAAGAUAACAUUUGUUCUUAUUUUAAAUAAAUUCAUAAUGCAGAAAUUAUUAGUAAGUUAAGUAACAUUUCUCAAAAGCCCCACCAAUGGGCAUACCGCCACCCCCCCACCCCCCUAAAAUUAAAGUGUCCCUCUUGGUCAAUUUGACAUAUUGGUAGAUAUGCUUUAUUAAUCUUGUUGCCUCUGCUCAUGGAAAUAUGUAUAUUCUCCAUCUCACAUACUCUGCAGCAGUCUGGGACUGUAAAUCCCACUAAUCAUGGGCACAACUAGGGUAAUCGUAACAUCCUCACCUUAACACUACUGAACAUUUACUCUACACAAUCAUUAACCCCUCCACUACCUUAAUCCUUAACGCUGUAAUUUCUGGGUUCUGGAGACAUUUAUAAACUAUUUGACAACUUGAAGUGUUGGUAAGAGGGUACGUUUUCACAUAACGUAGUUUAAAAAUGCCAUAAAACUCAACAAGAGGUUAUUUCCAUCUAUUACUCCUUUUGCUGUCAAAUUAUGGACUACAGUAGUUUAAUGUUCCAUAGCUAGAUAUAUAUAUUGUUACAUUUGGACCCCGAUGCUUGUGUGUUCAACAUGUGUUCUUUAGGUUGCCUGAACAUCUUGGGGGAAAUAUAUUGCGCAAGCAUCAAGGUUGCCAAAUACUGUGUGUGUGUGUGUGUGUGUGUGUGUGUAUAUCUACUUUUAUAUGUGUGGGAGAAACAACACAGAAAGCUGGAGAAUGUAAUUAUCUAAAAGGAAAUGACACAAUGAAUGAGUGUGUACACAUUUUCAAUGUUUGUGUGUAUGUUUGCAUGUGCAUACACGUUUGUAUAUAAUUUACAUACUAGAUACUACGAUGCAAUUUGGGUAACACUAAAACUUUUCGUUUGUAUGGACCCAGCAGUGCAUUAUGGUUUAAUAUAGAUAUAAUGUAUAAAGUGAGGUACCUGACCGCUUCUUCAAAAGGCUUCCCACAGCAAUGCAGUGCAGUUUGCUGUCCGUUUGCCGAUGUCGCAAGGAUGGCACCUUAAACAUGGAGGACAGUGUUGGUGAGGCAAAAUAUUUUAUAAUGAAAUUGGGAGUUUUAGUACGCUAUUUAUGCAGGAUAUGUGCUGCUAAUUGCUAGGACAAAGAGACUGGUUACAUGUAAAUAAAAUGUUUAGUUACCCCAGAUUUCAGCCAGAUAGUGGACGAUAAACUGAGGGAGAACAGGUGUUCGCUGGAUGAAAGAAUGGCCACAUAUGAGGGGGUUUGUGAUGGAGACUGUGAGCCAGACACAGGGGAGGAAGUGGGGAUGGUGCUGGCAGUGAUUUUAGCUGAUGACAGGGCACUAAACACAAAGGGUGAAGAACAGCCCAGCACAGCUACUGUGUGUCUGGAUGUUUCCAGAGAAUGCUAUGGGGUCAUCGCUUGUUCAUCUGAUGCCUGUAUUGCUGACCCCUCUGCCAUCUGGGAAAUGAAAAGGGACGCAUACAGCUAGAAACUAAAAACUGGUCAGUGUGACUUGUGAUGCCAUUCCCCAGCAAUCCUAACCAUGCACACACUAAGCCAUGAAUUGUGCACAAUUACAAAUGAUGCGGUUAAACUAUUUUGCCCUCACAUCUUACAUUUCCCUUGUCAAUAUGCCAUAUUUAUCUUUUUUAGGGGACUCUUCAGGGAAGUUUAGCUUUCUAAAUUGCUUUGUGUGAAUAGUCUGUCCUGUUUUUGUUGUUGUUAUUUUUUUCCCCUUCAUUUUGCAAAAAGUGUAGAUUUCAGUGGAAGUUGGCACAAUUGAAUUUUACUUUUAUAUAAAACCCCCUUGACUGUCGUGCAGACAACCGGUCCUGUAAACCAGCAACAGUAAUUGUAAGUAGUGCACUUAAAGGCACACUGUAGGCACCCAGACCACUUCAGCUAAUUGAAGUAGCCUGGGUGCUGUGACCUUUUUGCACCUAGUGCUGCAAUGUAAAACAUUGCAGUUCCAGAGAACUUAGAGGGCUUCCGGAAUCCAAACUGACUUUUGGUCCGUUAUCCCACGCUGGAUGUCCUCACAGACCUCCAGCGUCAUAUUUUCCCCAUAGGAAAUUCUUGACUAAUGCUUUCCUAUGGGGAGGUCUGAUGCGCGCGGGCGGCCAGUGCUGCUAAUGCUCAUUAGGUCUCCUCUGCCGGCUGACAUCGGCGGGGGAGGAGCGUGGGCGGAACCUGACUCAGCGCCUAGGGACAUCGAUUUAGGCAAGUGACUGACGACUUUGUUUUCCUGGCACUAUAGGAUCCCUUUAAGUUCUUCAAACAGUAAUUAGAUAGUAGCCGCUAUACACUCUAGUGAGUUCCUCUCUUACCCACUACAAAGUAUAUACACAGAAAAAAUAUAGUCACCAAUGUUCGAGAUUAAGAAGCUCAAAACUAUAUCUAUGGGAGUGGAAUGCUAUACAGUAGAGUAAAAAAAAAAGGGGGGUGUACACUUAGCCCAAACAAUUAUAACAUUCAGACAACAGAUCUUGUUACUUCCUGGUUUGGUUAGCUUAGUUGCACUGAGCUCUAGAGGCAGCAAUCACCCAGAGCAACUGACUUGCAAAAGACUUCUCAUUGAGAUGCAUUGGGAUGUCUGUGAUUGGACACCCACAGAAAAUCUGGGUGGGUUUAGAAGGGGAGGGAUUGAAUUCCAGUCUGCUGGUACUGGCCCUGCCCCUCAUCUGCCUCUUUGGCUUACAUCAUCAGAAGUGAUGACCUCAGACAAUCACUAUGUUUUUACACAGGAAAGCAUUGGAUUGGCUGGGAUUGUCAAUUCCGAUGCUCUCAGCCAAGGAAGUGGGCUAGGGACAGAGCCAAACACUGUCCUUGCCAAUCUUCAAUCUACUACAAAAUAACUGCAGGGACUGACUAUACUCACCAGAUCUAAUUAAGCUGUAGUUGUUCUGGUGACUAUAGUUUCCCUUGAAGAAACAGUCUAAGAUAGGAGUAGGAAACCUUUGGCAAUCCAGAUGUUGUGGACUACAUCUCCCCUGAUGCCAUGCCAGCAAUAAUUAUGGCGAUGUAGGCAGAGCGCCGACCCAGCACUGAUGGACAUCAGCGUUCGAAUCGGGAAAGUAAAUAAAGGUGGUGUUUUUUUUUUUUUUUUUUUUUUAAAAACCCUUGACAUGCUGGGCGUGAGGGAUUUUAUAUUCAUAAUACUAUAGAAUCUCUUUAAAAGAACACUUAAGUGUUAGGAAUACAAAGCUUUACCACUAUACCCCACCCCCAGGCCACUUCAAAUAAAAAGGGUUAAAAACCUUAUUAGACGCAUUAGGCUUUCUCUGUAGGGAAGUACUGAUUUAAAGGAACACUAUAGUCACCUAAAUUACUUUAGCUAAAUAAAGCAGUUUUAGUGUAUAGAUCAAUUCACUGUAAUUUAGGAGUUAAAUCACUUUGUUUCUGUUUAUGCAGCCCUAGCCACACCUCCCCUGGCUAUGAUUGACAGAGCCUGCAUGAAAAAAAACUGGUUUCACUUUCAAACAGAUGUAAUUUACCUUAAAUAAUUGUAUCUCAAUCUCUAAAUUGAACUUUAAUCACAUACAGGAGGCUCUUGCAGGGUCUAGCAAGCUAUUAACAUAGCAGGGGAUAAGAAAAUCUUAAUUAAACAGAACUUGCAAUAAAGAAAGCCUAAAUAGGGCUCUCUUUACAGGAAGUGUUUAUGGAAGGCUGUGCAAGUCACAUGCAGGGAGGUGUGACUAGGGUUCAUAAACAAAGGGAUUUAACUCCUAAAUGGCAGAGGAUUGAGCAGUGAGGCUGCAGGGGCAUGUUCUAUACACCAAAACUGCUUCAUUAAGCUAAACUUGUUCAGGUGAGUAUAGUGUCCCUUUAAUGCUCUCCUAUGGAGUUUUUGAAGACUCUGCACAAUGUCCAAUGUCUGGUAGACAACCACUAGAGGUAUUAACUCUGCAAUAUAAACAUUUGUUUCUCCAAAGCUGCAAUGAUUUGGAUUAUAAGGUUAAGGGAACAGGGACAGUGCACACAGACCACUACAAUGAGAGGAAAUGUCCCUUGAAAUCAAACUCUAACAGACACAUUUAGAUUUUCUUUCGAGAGCCAGUGAUUUUGGUAGUCAGUCUUCCGCUGCCCUUGUUUCUGUUAAGAAAUAACAGCGUCCUCUUUGCAAGAAAUUGGUCUUGAAUAUCUGUUUUGCCACUUGUGAAAUGUGAACCGUGUUAUUAAUAAGUCUUCUACUCCAAUCUGAAGAGGCUUCUAGUCUGGGAACUGCCAGAUACAUUGGAUGAUUGUCAUGAGACUGCUGUCUUGUGAUGUUUUUUUUUUAAUUUUUUUUUAUUUUAUUCUUUUCGCAAAAAAUGAAAGAAGUGAAACUGUUGAAUCAAUGUAUGUGGGAAAAAAAAGUUUAAAUAUAGAUGGAAUUUUUAGCUUCAUUUUUUAACCAUCUCAUGAGAGAUUUAUUUUUCUGCCGUUUUGGCAAUUUGUACAAAAAUGUUUAAUACUGCAAUACUGGUUUUGGUGAAAAAAUUGCAUUACCACCAAAUUUCUCUGUAAGCACCAAAACAUUUUUUUUUUUGUUUUGUUUUUUUUUUGUUUUGUUUUUUUUUUAGCUUAAAGGGACACUAUAGGCACCGAUACCACUUCUGCUCAUUUAAGUGAUCUGGGUGCAUAUUCCCAGGUCCCUUAACCCUGCAAAGUUUCCCUUUAUUGAAGCAGUUUUGAUAUAUAGUUCAUGGUUAUUCACGAAUGUUAGAACGAAUUCAACAUGAAUCUCAAAGUUUAAAAACCCCUUCAGUCACUUGCCUGAAUCCAGCGCCGAUGUCCCUCUGUGCUGGGUCAAGCUCAGCCUACGCUCCUCCCCCUGCUGGCAGGAGAGACCUUAUGCAACAAUGACCGCGCUUGCAUUAGGAUUUCCCCAUAGGAAAGCAUUAUUCAGUGCUUUCUUAUGGGGAAAAAUCUGACACUGGAGGACCUCAUGCUGAGCGUGAGGACGGCCAGCGUCAGGUAACAGACCAAAGGCCCGUUUCGAUUCCAAAAGACAGACAGCCACUAGAGGUGGAGUUAACCCUUAGAGGUAAUUAUUGCGGUUUCUCAGAAACUGAGAGCAAUAAUUACCACUGUAGGAUUAAGGGACCUGGGACAUUGCACCCAGACCACCUCAAUGAGCUAAAGUGGUCCCUUUAAGUACAGUGUCCCUUUAAGUCCAAAUUAACAAAAUUAAGAAAAAAAAAUAUUUUGUGUUCAGCUUGGCUACUAUGGCCUUAAAUUUGAACUUUUGUUUGAAUUCCCGGUAGUUCUCCUUUUAUUGAAUAGUGUGUAACCCUGAUAGUGUCUUAUUUUUGUGAUUUAUCAUGUUUUAUUCAUUUUGUUUCUUAAAGCUACUUUGAGAAUUGUUUGUUUUAUUAAUUGGAUAUAUACAGGGUUUUUAAUUUAAAUGAGAAUUGUCAGAAAUGUAAAGUGAAUUUUAAAUUUAAGUCCUUUGAAGUCCCUCCUAUUCUUACAUUAGUGAAAACCCAAUUUUACUCUGUUUUAUGUAUCUGCUAUUACUGGGAGCCAUAGGGCAGAGGUUUUACUCUCAAGCACCUAUACAUUAUGAGUUGGCACCAAAUCAUAGUAAAUUGAAUGGUAUAAUUUAAAGGAACACUAUAGGUUCAGGAUCACAAACUUGUAAUCCUGUCCCCAUAGUGUUAAAACCACCAUUUAGGUGGCUGCCCCCCCUUAAACGGUAAUAAAACGUAGCUUAUUGUCAUGCUCCGCGCAGGUCCCCAUUGGGAAAGCAUUCGAUUGGCUGAAAUCUGCAGGCCGGCUUGGCCAGUCAGCACCUUCUCAUAGAGAUGCAUUGGAGGUGUCCCUACAUGAAAAUGCCAGCAGGGAAUGAUUGUCAUGGUUAUACUCACCAGAACAUCUACAUUAAGCUGCAGUUGUUCUGGUGACUAUAGUGUCCCUUUAACCUAAAAUAGCCAAACUGUGACUUGAACGGAGUUAGAGAUUCCAAAAUCUAUCUUUUAUGCCUAGUGAAUAAAAACAUACAAAAUUAAGCCCAAUGUUCAAACACCCACUACUCCUGGGCAGCGACACUGACCAUAGUACUCAGCCCAAUACAUAGAAUAAAAAAAGUUGCCUGCGCACUAUGCUAAAUCCCUCUGAACAUUGAAAUAACUGUAGGUUUUUAGUGUCACAAAAUUAUUUAAUUAUCUAUAGGGAUUUAGGAUAGUGCCCAGGUAACUUAUUUUAUUUUUUUAUGCUUCGUGAUUAAACCCUAAUAAUAUGUGUCCCUUCCUUUGGCCAUCCUCCUUGUUAUCGAAACUUGAUUGAUGGCUGAUCUCAGCCCUCGUUCCAGACACCUAUUCCAGCAGAUAUUACAGAUCUAUCAAAAUAAUGACGGUGAACUAAACCUUAAAAAAAAAAAAAAAAAAGGCUGAUUUAAAUACUAAACGGUGUGUAUGGCACAGUCAUCUCUUGUGAUUCUAUUAGUUCCAUAUCCUGCCUUGACGGAUAGAAAAGGCUCUGUAUAGUGCAAGUUCUCAUACAAUGGAAACCUUUGAUUCAGAAUUUUCUUUAUCUUAUUGCGUGCCACAGAAUCCUGAGUAGCAUCUUGUGAAGCACACAUUUUGCCUCCAGUAGCAUUUUUUUAAUAAUGUAUUUUAAAAUAAAAAGAAAACCUGCUGACAUGUCAGUGACCUCUACACACUUACUUUAGGAUUUGCAGUAAAACUUUGACUAAUGUAAUAGGAUUUUAAGAGGUAGAAUGUUUUGAUAUCAUUGUGGUUACUGUUAUUUUUUCUUUCCUGUAGAACAAUUUUGUAUUUAUUUAUUUUGUGUGUUUGUGGCAAAACUGUCCUACAAGAAGUGCUUAUAGUUGCUCUAAAGUGCCCGUUUUUAAAUCUACAAUAUAAAUGUAUAAUGUGUUUUUUUUUUUUGUUUUUUUUUAAAGAAAUUUAUUGAGUUUGAAGAUUUACAAGAGCAGGAUAAGAAAGAGCUGCAAGUGCGCGUGGAAAACUUAGAGUCCCAAACUAGACAACUUGAACUUAAAGCGAAGAACUAUGCAGAUCAAAGUAAGACACAGCACAGGCGCUCUCUGUCUAACUGAAUGUACAUGUUUCUCCUAGCCUAGAACUCCUGUCACAAUGACAUACAUGCCAAUGAGAUUUUUUUUUUUCUUUUAUGCUUUCAAGAAUAUUUUGUUUUUUUUUCUCCCUUCCCUGCCCCUUAGUAUACAUCUCCCCUCCCUCCCUGUCCUUUACUGUGUGUCCCCUCCUCCUCUCCCCUCCCUGGUGUGCCUCAUUACCUCUCGCGCAGCGGGCCGUGGUACAGGAGCUUCAAUUUCCUGUACCCGGCCAGACUGACAGGAAGUGCUCUCUGUGAGAGGUACGCUCAACCACGCUACAAUGAGUGACUGGCUGGUAGGGUGAGCGCUGUGUGCUUCCUUCCUGCCAGUUACUCAGCUCUUGCGCCUUAAGACUGCCCCUUGUGCCGCCAUAAUGGAUGCGCCGGCCCUGCGUGCGCUGGGUCACCACUGCCUCUCACAUUGUCUGCAAUAUCGCUAUCAAUAGUGGCCGAUACCGAUAUUUUCCAAAAUCCAGAAUAUCAGUUGAUCCCUAAUACACACACACACACACACCCAGCAGGUUUGGAUAUAAAGUGGUUACACAUUGUUUAGUACCGUACAUUGACUCUUAUGGCUGUAGUCCACUCAGUUUGACUCUUAAUCAUUUCGUUUAAAUCUGGUUAAGAAAGGGGAGAGGGGUUGGUUUACAUAAUGCAGAUUUGCUUUGCAUGGAAAAUGUAAAAAUAAUACUUUCGGGUAUCUUGAUGUUUUGUUUUUUUCAGUGUAAUAUUUUUGUAAUCUAAUAGUUUAUUCUAUUUCCAGUUGGUCGUUUGGAGGAGAGGGAGGCGGAGCUCAAAAAGGAAUAUAAUUCGCUUCACCAGAGGCAUUCUGAGGUGGGUGUGGUCAUAUUCGUAACGAAGAAUCGUUCGGAAAUGCAAAUACUAGUCCGCUAAAAAAAAAUCUUUCAUUUUCUUCUUUGAGACAAAAUGUUCUAUUUUUCUAACUUUUUUUAUUUUAAAGUCUAAAGGUUCUCUGCUAUUGCUUGUGUCACUACUUGUUUGCAAUUUGAGCAGUCAGUGAAAUUGGUCAGUGACAAAUCUUCUCGUGCUCUGCUCGUCUUCCUAUCACAGCUCCUGCAGGGAGAGAAGCUCCUCAAUGUUUCGCUCCUCAAUCUUUUCAUAUAAUAUGACUGCAACAUAAAGUGCAAAAAAUUAAGCAGAUUUACGGCAUAUAUCUACGUACAAAUGUGUAGCUUUCACUUUGUACUUGGAUAUUUCAACAUGUUUCUAACUAUCCAUAUGGCACAAGUAUUUAAGCUAAGCACUUUCUGUGCAUCCAGUUUAACGUAGAGUUUUCAACUUGGUAUGCAAGUGCAUAUGUGCUCGUGCAAACCGUGGACAGGCAAAGCUGUAAACCAAAUAAAAAAUGUGAUUUGCGUUAUAUGUUUGACUACAACACUGUUUUGUUUAUUUUCUAUACAAUAGGCUUUUCAUAUAUUUGAACAGACAGGGAGUGUCACUCUGCAGAACUUCUAGCACAAUGCAUAGAUAGAAUUUACUGCCCUUUAUAAAGGGCAUACAUUGUACCUGGCAUGACGGGUACCCUUUAAGAACUGCAUUGAGCCUAUUGCAGCCUUUUACGUCAAUGUGUUUUGAGGCACAGCAAGUGCAAUCGCAUCUGUUUCCUUGGAUGCAGCUGUGUGCUAGUAAUUUGUUUGGAAAAGGUAAAAGAAUUAAGUGUAUUGUUUAGUCCACUGCUUGGGAUUUCACGGACAUAAUGUAUGGAUUACAUUUUAUAUACAUUCCUAAUAGUGGGAUUACUUGGUUAUCUCUUUGUUUGGCUGUGUUGUAUACAGUAGAGGAAGUUGCAAGCUAGAUUGGAAGCCAAACAAAGUCCACAAGAAAAUCUCAAAAUAUCACUUGAAAACCGACUGCUAUAAUUUAAUCUUAAAACAUGGCCCCUCUUUAAAAGAACACUCCUAGUACCAUAAUCAUUACAGCACACUGUAGUGAUUAUGGUGAAAAUAGUGCACUGCAUUUAAACUAUUCUCUACCUUCCACUUCCUGCCUGCCCUGAUAGGUUUAGGAUUUAGUUAAGAGAACUUUUGACUAUUAGUAGUAGUCCAGGCAGGGGGAGCAGUGCCCAACACACACCAGCUAAGGUGUAAAAUUGUUUGACUACUUACUGUGGGGGGUGUACGGGCUCUCCUGGCACCAUAACUACUGCAGAAUUCUGUUGUAAGUGUGUAAAAAAUGGGCUCUGAGUGAUAAUGACCACCAAACGUAUUGAUCAUUAAUCUUAUUGACCAUCAAGCCAAAAUAGUAAAAGUAGAUAUAUUUUUCAAUUCUGUGAUUAUUGGCUUCAGUUUUUCAUUUCAAUUUCCCCACAUUUCAUUUUAUGGUUAGGGGUGGGGGAUUUAAUUUCCGCCCUUUACAAGAAAACUAUUGUAAUGGAAUUUGCGUAAACUUCUGCUUUCUUAGAAUGUUUUCUAUUUUUAAAAUGACAAUUUGUAUUUUUCUUACAUUCAGUAUAGUUAAAGAAUUCAAUACGGUAUUACUGUGUCGUAAUCUUUAACCCCUUAAGGACCAAACUUCUGGAAUAAAAGGGAAUCAUGACAUGUGUCCUUAAGGGGUUAAAGGAACAGUAAAAUGUGUUGGAAUCCUUGCCGCUGAGUUAUUCUUUCAUUAGUAGAUAAGAUUUGAAAAAAAACGGGUGGAUUUAAUUUUUUUUUUUUUAUAUAUAUUUUUGUGAAGUAUAGGAGGUGUUACCGUAGUGAUAAUAGAUCACUUGCCUUUUUGACAAUAAAAUUACACUAAAGUAGGUUUAUUAGAUCCCAUCACAUCGACAUGUUCUAAAUGUAUAUGAUCUAUAAUAACUACAGUAUUAGUAAAGUGUGAAAAUGUGCAGUAAAGUUAGCAUGCUUUCAAAAACAAAUAUUAGUAGUGUAUUUUUUUUUUUAAAUAUCCUUUAUACAAAUGCAAAGUGAGUGAACAGAAAAUAAUUCUAAAUCAAAUCCAUAUUUGGUGUGACAACCAUUUGCCUUCAAAACAACACUUAUUCUUCUAGUAACACCUGCGCUCAUUUUUGUAAGGAACUCUGCAGGUAGGUUGUUCCAAACAUAUUGAAGAACUAACCACAGUUCUUCUCGGGCAUAGUCUUUUAUGUUAUGUUCAGUGCUCUGGACUCCUUCUGCUGUAGGUUUGGGUUCGCUGUCAUCCUGCAGAAUAGAUUUGGAGCCGAUCCGAUGUCUCCCUGAUGGUAUUACAUAAAGAAUAAGUGUCUGCGUGUACUUCUCAGCAUUGAGGAGACCAUUAACUCUGACUAAAUCCCCAACUCCAUUUUCAAAAUGCAGCCCUACAGUUGCAAGGAACCUCCACCAUGCUUUUUGGCACCAGGGGAAUCGUCACCAGCACCUCUCUCUCUGAGCCGGUGUCUGUUACCUCUGAGCCAGCCAUUAAAAAUUCUAUAGCUCUCGUCGGUACUAAACUUGCUAAGCAUGGUGUAUAAAUAAAAUGUAACUAAAUAACAUUGUUUAUAUUUUACAUUUUUAAAACUAUUUUUGCUUUACACCUCUAACUAGUUAGUUCAGCUAUUCCUUCUCAAAAAACUGUAGUUGUAGCCGAACAAUGUCCACGAAACCGAUCUCUUAAAGUGAGAUCACUCUUUCCGACAUAAUAUAUAGUUUGCAAGGGCAAUUGAUUAAAUCCAAUAAGCUGUGCUACAGGUGAUGCGAUAGCCUGAUUAACCUUUUUACCAGAGUAGGUCAAAUAUCAGUACACUUAUAGCAUCCUUCUUUGUUUUGUUUUUUUGUUUUGUUUUUAAUAUAACCAGCAUGAGAAUAAAAUUUGCAUUUUUAAAACAAACUGCUUGUAUGCAAUAAGUGGACGUAAAUGGAAAAUGGUGGACAAACUUGGAUCAUGAGAUAAAAAAAAUCCCAUCUUUGAUAAUUCAUCUGGAUAUGUUGGGACUAUGAAAAGUAUAAGGGAGUGUAAUCCAUUUGGGUUUUUCUUGAUGAAAAGAUUGCCCAAGCACGAGACAAUGAUUUUAAAACUAUUUCACGGUGGUAUUUUCUAGCGGCAUAUGCCAUCUUUAUUUAAUCCAAUUGCCUGUUGGCAAUGACAGUCUGAAUUAUUUCAAAGGACCCUCAAAAAUUUGGAAACUGGAAGGGAUCUUUUCACUGGCAGAUGAAAACUGUUGAAGAGAAUCAAUGUGUUUUUGUCUGAAGAUUUCUUAUGUUACCUAUAACCGCAGUGAUCAUGUGUUAUGUUAAUUUCACCAUCCAUAAAACUGAUACAAUGUGUUUCAUAUGUCAAAGUUAGUUUAACCCCUUGAGGACCAAACUUCUAGAAUAAAAGGGAAUCAUGACAUGGGUUAAUUGGAGUCUCCAAAGGAGUAAUAGUUUCAAUUAUCUGUAUCAAUUAUCCCUUGCGGCAUUGUCCCAAAUCAUGACAAUAUCAUUGACAAAUCUUGCAUAAAUUAAGAUUAUGACCAAAUGUUUCCAAAAUCUACUGUGAUAAAAAAAAAAAUAGCAUAAAGCAAUUUGCAUAUGUGGCCACUACUGGCGACCCCAUAGCAGUCUCGGCAAUUUAAAAAUAAAACUGUUUCUCAAACCUAAAGUAAUUGCAAGUGAGUAAUAAAUACAUGUCCAGAAGAAAUUCAAAUCCUACAUACACAUUUUUUACAUCUGCUGUAAAACUAUUUGUAAUCUUAUCCAGAAAAUCUGCAGUGUCCUUUCAACAAAAAGGUAAAGUAUUCACACUGGUUUUGCAAUGUUGAUCCACAAACUUGUCUGUGGGCUCUAGAAUACUACCACAAGCAGACACAAUAGGUCUGUCAGUAGAAUGUUGUGAAUCCUCAUGAAUCUUAGGUGACCUAUACAAAAUGGGUACCCUGGGAUGUUUUUCAAAAAGAAAUUGUAAAUACUGCUCAUCAAAAAUUCUAGUUGAUAGAUGGCCCUCUUGCAAUAAGAGCGUGAGCUUUGUGCCACAUUAGAAGUAGGGUCAAAAUUAAUUCUCUUCUAUAUGUUUUGAUCUGCUAAAUGGGAAAGAAUCUCCUCUCUAUGAUCAGUUUUGAAGGACACUAGCUCCACCUUUAUCAGCUUGGUGGUUCACAAAAGUGUUGUCCUGUGCCAAAUGCGUUUUUGACUAGACAAAUUAUGUACUUUAUCCCUAGAAUUCACGGCAGAGUUUAUCAUCUUGUACCAGUUAUUCAUUGAUCACGAUUGGAGUUUUAUAGUUAAUGUUCUGCACAUGUGGUUUUGCUUUGAGAUCAAUUUUUUUUUCUUCUUUUUUUGUACUCUUGUUUAAAAGGUCAACAUGUUGCUUUAACUGUUUUGUGAAAAAGUAUGGUCUGUUGACCGCAUAAAUGCCAAGUUAUUUGAGAUCUGAUGUCAUCAAAGUAGAACCUGACUUUGGAUGUACUGACAUUUCUCCGACUUUGCUGUCCCCUAAAAAGUUAGCUAUGAUCUACAUCUGUAAAUCUAACGAUCCCUUUUUAUGUAAAUGCACAGCACACUGAAGAAUCUGCUUAAAUUGCUACACUGUGAUGCAAUUCAAUUUUUCUAGUUCAGUUUACCUUGGUGUGUAAAUGAUUAUUUUUUUUAACAGGCAUGUUCCAAACUCUCUGUGGAAAGAUUAUGAAAUGGGAUCAGAGACCAAGAGAGAGAAAGCAGUGAAGUCUGACCCCUACUGGAGUAGAAGACUCAUCCUGAGUCAUGGCACAGGAAGGGCCUAGUGUUACCGGGAUAGCAAUGAGUGUCUUCUAAAUGACUUGGCACCCUGCGGAAAAAGUCAUGUUUAUAAAGUUUGUAGGAGUUACCUUUUAUUGCUCAACAAAGCCCAGCAUUUUAUAGAAACUGGCUAAUGAGAGCGACCGAGGAGAAAUGGGAGAAACACAACCCUAGCUGUAUUUGGACUGGUUAACUUGAAUACAGCUUAUGUUGCAGUUUUAGAUUGAUAAUUUAUUUAAUUUAUGACUAAUCAUGCACCCAGAUGGUUCUAAACUCCUCUCCCUCGAUCCUUGGCUAUCACUGCUAUAGAAUGUGCUUUCAGCUUCCCCCAUCGAUUAGAAUAAUUUUACAUAUAUCUGUCAUGAGAUGAAGUUUGCACGGUGCACACCCAGAGUUUUAGCAUUAGAUGUGGCAGAUGGUCAAUAACAUUCAGUGUUCAGUUACUGCACCGUCAUAUACUGUAUUUGCCUUGUUUUCGUAAUUAAGUAUUCAAAUCCUUGUUGCACUGAUUUAUACAGCUAAACUUUAAAGGACCACUCUAGGCACCCAGACCACUUCAGCUUAAUGAAGUAGUCUGGGUGCCAGGUCCCUCUAGGGUUAACCCUUUUUUUUCCCCCAUAAACUGCUAUGUUUAUGUUAGGGUUAAUGCAGCCUCCAAAUCCUCUAGUGGCUGUCUCAUUGACAGCCCCUAGAGGCGUUUGCGUGCUUCUCACUGUGAAAAUCACAGUGAGAAGACGACAGCGUCCAUAGGAAAGCAUUGUAAAUGCUUUCCUAUGAGACCGGCUGAAUGCGCGUGCAGCUCUUGCUGCGCAUGUGCAUUCAGCCGAAGAGGAGGAUCGGAGGUGGAGAGGAGGAGGAGAGCUCGGCGUUUGAAUAAAGGUAAGUUUAACCCAUUUCCUCGCCAUCCAGCCCGGCGGGAGGGGGUCCCUGAGGGUGGGGGCACCCUCAGUGCACUAUAGUGCCAGGAAAACGAGUAUGUUUUCCUGGCACUAUAGUGGUCCUUUAAGUCCUAGUCCGUGACCAGGUACUACACAAAUGAUCCUAAUGGCUUAUACCUUUCCUCUGUAUAAUGCAGAUAUCGGUGAGCAACAAAAGGCAAAAUUAUCCAAAUUCCAGAACUAGGACCUGUAUAUUUGUAACUUCUCUAAAUGUACACUUCGAUUUAAACUAUUAGAUUAUGGGAUUAUUAAAGCGUACAAGCUGCCGUCUUCCUGCGAACUCAGCUUAUUUUGGUUCCAUUUUAGCGAUAGUGUGGUAAAUCCCCAAAUACAUAGUUUCCUAAAACAUUCUGCGUUCACAAUUCUUUACUUAUUGCCAUUAAUGUGUUUACUCUGGAGACUGGGGACUUUGGAGAAUUAGAAAACUGCAAAUUGGAGGCAAAAACAGUUGAUAUGGAAGAGUUCUCUCUCUGGUGGUCUGUAUUGCUUUGAACAUAUUACAAUGGAAGGUCGGAGAGGUCUAUUAUUUUUAAUUGUGUUUCUUUAUUAUAGCCAAUAGGUCACCUUGCCCCCCUUUUUAAUGUUUCUGUAGAUGAUUCACAAUUACAUGGAACACUUGGAGCGAACAAAACUCCAGCAGAUUAUUGGAGGGGACCAGCUGGAAUCUACCAUGCACAGUAAAAUUAGGUAAGAACUGUUUUGCUUAACAUAAAUUGGGUGGGAGGGGGCACACCCACCCCUACAACGUUUGUUAAACAGAGAGAAUGUAUCCAUUGUGUGUUUAAAUCCUAGAACAAUUACUCGGCUGAUGCAGAGAAGUUUGCUGAAUGUUUGGAAUUUAGUAGGAGAACAGAGAUGAAAUUCGCUGAAACUAAAACUUUAGCUACUUAAGAUUUUUUUUUAAUUUUUUGUGUAUUUUUAAUAGUAUGUGUUCGUGUUUUUAAAUAUUAACCUUGUUAAUGUUUUUUGGUGUGUGUGUUGUUUUUUUUUUUUUGUAAAUUAUUUUGUGAAAUGAAUUAAAAAAAAUAAAAUAUUUAGGUGGAAGUUUGAAAUAAAAUGUAAACUAUAAAACAAUGUUGCUUUUCGAGCAUUCAGUCUGUAUAGGUUUGUUUUUUGAACUGCUCAAGUCACAGAAUAGUUAAUGGAAGCGUAUUGGAUGCCGCCUGGGAGAGAGCAGCCUGCCCCUGAUUUAUUUAUUUAUCUCUGAAAGAGCGAGCUAGAGGGAGAGAGAGCAGUCAGGGGGAUGAUGUCAUCGGUCUUUGGCUGCUGCAGGAUCGGGAAGAACUGCAGCUAAUGGCAUUGUUUUUGUGGCAGCAGCUGAAUGAAAGGCUCUCGGCAGACCCAAGAUACACCCUUAUUAGCCGUGUAGCUUUCUCGAUACCGGCGUGCCACCAUGCCAUCUCAGCGCCAUGAGUCCCAGAUGCAUGCUUUUGUUUGUGUUUGGCUUUGUUGGCGGGGCGGUGGUCAUUAAUUCGGCGAUUUUAGUGUCCCUCUCCGUUCUGUUACUUGUGCAUUUCUCGUUCUCCAACGGCUUGCCGGCAUUAACGCAGAAGCUCCCGAGGAUACUCAGGUACGAAGGCCUUGCAUGUCUGCUUUUCUUUAACCCUACGUGUGCAGUAAUGGCUGGCGAUGUAUUAGUCAUCCCUACGUCAGAGAAGGGAUUUUCUCUUUCAUUUCUGAUUGUGCGAUUUUUGCCAUCACCUGUCUUAAUAUUUUUAUAGGAUAACUAAGUCUGCACUUUGGAACGGUGUAUUUACUGCUUAGAAUGUUCCAAAAAUACAGAAUUUUUAAUACUGCGUUAAGUGGUUUGAUGUAUCAGAUCUAACUUGGCCUGUUCCAUAAUAAUAACUCUUAUUCUCUAGACUGUGUGUAUCCCUCUUUGACUUGAAAAGAACAAGCUACUGAUAGAAGUAUAGUGCAUUAUUAUUAUUUUAAGUAUAAACACUGAAUGAGGCUUUACUAGAUAUAUUGUCAAGCGAAUAACUAUCUUUCUUUUCAUCAACCUUUAUAUUAAGUAUGUUUUAAAGUAAUACAUAAUUUAAUAAACUUAUUCAUAAUUGCACCAGUGCCCUCUUAAUCCUGACCUGUGACUUUAUUUCCUUUUUAAUGUGUAUCAGGAAAGAGAUUUGAUUUAUCUUGGUUUAUUAACUAUCACUGUGAUGAAUGUGAGUUGCCAGAGACUACAGCUACAAUUUAAUAAUCUUCUACGGAGUUGAUUAAGGUGAUUUUUCCUUAACAAACUCUGCUCGUAAAGCAGUCACCUUGCUGUAGCUUGUGGCAUGCUCUGUGUGAUGAAAAAAUGACUUUCUAAUUAGUGCCUUCAUUUUAAAUCCAUGGGGAGACAUUGUUUUUGUUCUACCCGAGCUCUGUGCUAUUUAUCACUGUCUGUAGAUAGGCAGAAAGCAUUUGUGCUCUAACCUACAGUCUCCCUCCCGUGCAUCUGUGUUACUGUAUAAUAUACACGCUCCCAUGGGAUGCGUCAACCGGAAUAGUGUGUAUUGGCUUAAUGAAGUACUCGAGAAUUAGAGCAAUCUGAUCUAAUGAAGGGUAAAGAGGGCACAUUUCUGCAGUGUCAGCUGCGUAGUACUAGCAAGGACAUUUCAAAUACGCAGCUCUUAUUAAUGGGGUUUCACAACAAAUAUCUUCAUUCUUCUGAGCCUUGGGAUUCCUUGUUUACUGUGCGUCGUAGCUUGUCCUCCUUUAUACAUGGCACUGAGUAACAUCCAGAGCUAUGUACUCUGUCAUAUUAAAUUUUUAGCUUUAACUGGGGAGUGCAGCUUUGAAAUUAUUUAAAAAAUAAAUAAAAAGUUGGUUAAUGAGUGUAAUGUGCAUUAAAUAUUAACCCCUCUGUACAUUUUUAAUUUAUUUCCCUUAAUGUAGCAAGUACUGCAUUUUAUACAUUGUCUGUGUUGUAGCUUAACAGUGCUUGUACUCACUAGCCAUGAACAGGAGGAGAGGAAUUCACGAAUACAGAGUCAUUAUUGCCUUAUUGAUUGAUACAUUAUCCUUGAUGGCUGUUUUGACAUGUUGAGUGUAUGUGCUCACCGCAAACUUGAGCUAAAAUAGAGGCACGUGAUUGGAUCAAAUUGCUUUUCAUUUUUAAUCAAAUCAGAAAAGCUUGUAAUUCCCCUGAAUUACAAAUUCUUAGACUUUGCCUCCACUAGGACUCCUGACUGGCACCAUUAUGUUACCAUAUCGCUGAUGGCUCCUUUUGUGUGUGUCUGUCAAGUGUUUAGUACUGUACUGUGUCAGGCGGUGACUCUGCAAAGUUUGAUAGAAGGGCAAGAGGGAAAAGCUGCUUGCUGGGAGAUACCAUGACUGCCGUCAUCCCAUGUAGUAGCUUAUAGGGUCGGUGAAGGUUUACGUUAGAGGCAUAGAGACAGAAAAACAUCUAUAAGACUGUAAUUGGCUUCCUGUAUUGAAAGGGACAGUCAAAGCUCCAUUGCAACCUGCAUAGGUUAUGAUAUGUCACGAACCCUUGACACAAAGUAGCUUACAACUGCAGGAAUUAGCUAAUAUUUCUGCAGGGAUAAGACUGUGUAUUUAGUGACUGAAAUUAAAGGAGGAAUUUGACUUCCAGCUUGGCAAUGGUCCAUUUAAGUUGUGUGGGUGUGUGGUGUGUGCGCAUGUUCGUCGUCUUCACUCCUAGCUCUCAGAGGGCAGCCCACUUCACAAAACUGUGAAUGUGGCAUGCAAAUACUGUUAACAGCAGAGGUAUGACUGAAGUCUACUUAUUGACUGAUUUCGAGAUGAGUGGAAAUGUGGCUGGGUGCUGGACUUCAUAACCCAAGAAACCCUUGCAGGACAAAAAAAUAAAACAGCACAGAUGUUAGUGGUUGGUGGAUCCUCUUCUGGAUUUAAGAGGUCUGCCAUCUUCUGAUUUUAGUGUAUUGAUCAAAGCUGCAGGAACUUUUGAGAUAUGGAUUUAUGCAUUGCUUACGUUCUUUCUGUUCUGUUGCCUUGUUAGCUGUCAAUUCAUCCCCCCAAACUACGUCUUCUAUAAUUAUCUGCUUUUCUCUGGCAAUCCAAUAGGGUGAGCUGCAGUCAAACUACUGCAGGUUGAGUUGACACCCCUGUCCUAAACUCCCAUGUGCUUAGUCUGACUCCUUAAGCAGACAGGACAUAUUAAUCUUCCUUAAAAUUGGUUAAAUAAUGGGAAGGAUUAAUCCUGGACAUCCAUUGAAAGUGAAUUUCAAACAUAAAGUGGCACUGUCAUUCCCCCCACCCCAAAAUCAUAAGAUAUUCUAAGACAGAGCUACCUCCGUCAAGAAGCUUGGACUUGUCACCAGUGGGGUACCUCAGGGAUCUGUACUUGGACCCAUUCUCUUUAAUAUUUUUAUUAGUGAUAUUGCAGAAGGUCUUGAUGGUAAGGUAUGUCUUUUUGCUGAUGAUACUAAGAUAUGUAACAGGGUUGAUGUUCCAGGAGGGAUAAGCCAAAUGACAAAUGAUUUAGGUAAACUAGAAAAAUGGUCAGAAUUGUGGCAACUGACAUUUAAUGUGGAUAAGUGCAAGAUAAUGCAUCUUGGACGUAAAAACCCAAGGGCAGAGUACAGAAUAUUUGAUAGUCCUAACCUCAACAUAUGAGGAAAGGGAUUUAGGGGUGAUUAUUUUUGAUGACUUAAAGGUAGGCAGGCAAUGUAAUAGAGCAGCACGAAAUGCUAGCAGAAUGCUUGGUUGUAUAGGGAGAGGUAUUAGCAGUAGAAAGAGGGAAGUGCUUAUGCCAUUGUACAGAACACUGGUGAGAUCUCACUUGGAGUAUUGUACACAGUACUGGAGACCGUAUCUUCAGAAGGAUAUUGAUACCUUAGAGAGGGUUCAGAGAAGGGCUACUAAACUGGUUCAUGGAUUGCGGGAUAAAACUUACCAGGAAAGGUUAAAGGAUCUUAACAUGUAUAGCUUGGAGGAAAGACGAGACAGGGGGGAUAUGAUAGAAACAUUUAAAUAUAUAAAGGGAAUCAACACAGUAAAGGAGGAGACUGUAUUUAAAAGAAGAAAAACUACCACAACAAGAGGACAUAGUCUUAAAUUAGAGGGACAAAGGUUUAAAAAUAAUAUCAGGAAGUAUUACUUUACUGAGAGGGUAGUGGAUGCAUGGAAUAGCCUUCCAGCUGAAGUGGUAGAGGUUAACACAGUGAAAGGAGUUUAAGCAUGCGUGGGAUAGGCAUAAGGCUAUCCUAACUAUUAGAUAAGGCCAGGGACUAAUGAAAGUAUUUAGAAAAUUGGGCAGACUAGAUGGGCAGAAUGGUUCUUAUCUGCCGUCACAUUCUAUGUUUCUAUAAGAAGUGUCUGUCCCCCAGCAGUCACCAGUGACAGCUGCAGGUUAUUAAUCGCUGUCUAUGGACGGUUUCGCGGGAUCCUCCAUAGAUCUUGUGGCUGUACUCUUGUGCAUGUGCAAGACUACAGCAGGGACAUCGGCUCCUGCAAUCUCAAGCAGGAGCAGAAGAGGACUGGCCGGAAAAAGAUGGAGGUUGCUGAGAGGGGGAGGUUCAAAUAAGUAGAACCCAGAAUGCAAAUUAUACAAAGUCCUCAGGCGGUGACAGUGCCACUUUAAGACUAAAGUAGCCAAACCAGAAUAGCUUUCUAGUUUGUCUAUUUUGGCCUUAAACGUGAAAUAAACUUUGCGUUCUCACUUUAUGAAAUAAUGCUGUAAGUCAUCUCACAGGGGACAGUCAUAGAAAGGCAUAUGAAUGUUUGAUAAUAAAUUACAAUUCGACAAAGUAUAAUGAAGAACUUGCCAUUCUCUGGAAACCUGUAUUGAAGUGCGACUUUGUUUUUAUAUUUCCACAGUUUAGGUUUGCUCCUAAACAAUGUAUUCCUUUUUAUUUCCUCCUAAACAGAAAAGACCGCCCCAUCUCUCUCGGAAUCUUUCCUUUGGCUUCUGGAGAUUCUUUGGUUUUACCAGAUGCACGUGGCGGUGAAACACCAGGAAAUGGACCGUGGAAACUUCAAGAACAAAACCACGCACGCUGUAAUACCAGUUUGAAGGUAAAGAUUCGCCCCAGCAGAGGGUUCGAUACAUCAGGCCUAGCCUCAGUGAUUAAGGGGGACACGUCAGAAUUAGAAUUGGUGAGCACCAGGAGUUAUAUCAGAUAGAAUGUUUUUAUAAUUUUGUGAAGUUCCCAUCCAGGAAUUUAUUUUGAGGACAUGUACACAGGUUUUAAUUCAAUGUUAUCUCAUCACACUUGUUUUUGAAUCUUGUUUUAGGAUGAAUUUUUAAAGAUUAGCCAGUCAGGUCCCAAGACCGGCAGUACCGAUUCAGACAACAUGGUCCAUGCCGCCUCCAAGGCACAGAAAGAUGAUGUCAUAAGGCAAGCCAAUGCAAAGAAUAACAAUCUGCCAAAUAACAAGAACAGCGAUGAUGUGCGUGUCACUCAGGAGACCACUGCACCAUCGAUGGGUAAGCAGUCUUAAAGGGUCCGUAUGCAUUACAAAGUCAGCCUUUAUUCACCACCACAGUUCAGUCUCUUUGUGGUAAUAGCUAAGGGCUUGGUUCGAACUACUACCACUAGUGCUGAGAUUCUCUCUGUUACAUUGUUGGGAUGAUACUAAAGUUUCCAUGUGAUGAUAAUUUGUGAGAACGCAAUGUAGCACACUGUACAUUUUGGGUGAAACAAAUCCUGUUCUGUUUGACUUUAUUUUCUGUCAGGUUUCUGGUUAUGCUUCCUAUAGUAACUGUGCUAAAGCUUAUGCCUCCCAUGGUCUCUGAAUUUACUUAGUAGCCAAUUUGGUCAGAAGAGCCGAUCAAAAAUGUAUGUGCAUUCGCGAUGAUGUGAUACCAUGGUAACUAUCAUAGAAACUGUCCUCGUUGCAGGAUCCGCAAUGUAUUCUCAAUGAAAACCUUUUUGGUUUUGGCCCAAAACAUCCUUGGUUUGACUCCUUUUUUUUUUUUUUAAUAGUUUUUUUUGUACAUCCUGUAUUUCACUUUAUAUGCAACUUUUUUAUGCAUUCGUAUUUGUCACAGCAACUGGUCCCUCUGUGUAUCAUGGUAAUUGUCUGUUAAAUAAUUGAUGUUGAUUUUUCCACAUGGAUAGGAAAUGGCAAUUGAAAAUGAUGUACUCUUGUAAAUUCUGAUCCCAGAACAGAGUUUUUUGGAGAAUACAUCCAUCAAUAAAAUAAGAAAACUACACCAUACAAAUUCUAAAUAGUAUUCUUUAUUUUGUGAGAUUACUGAUAGGAAAAAAAAAUGCAAUUUCCAGGGAAUAUAAGCAAGGACUGUUUUGGUCUCCGUGGAUAUUUUGUUCUCGCAUGGCUAGUGAUGCAGCAUCAGACACGGCCACUUUUACUACAUAUAACAUUACUGCUGAAAUAACUCCACUACCACAAAGUCAGAAUGCACACCCGAAAACCACGGAUGACUGAGGAGAAUGUCUAGUGCUCUGGAACAUCAGGGAGUUUUGUUUUAUACUACGUUUAAGUCGUUGUUUCUGCACUGGUAUUCUGUUCAUAUGGACUCAAACUUCGCAUCUGAACAAAGAGAUGCCAAAAUGAUUAUUUUUAUUUUUUUAUUUUUUAAUUAAAUACAAAUCAUUAAGGUACUGCAUAGCCCUUGUCGUGAACCUGCACAGUUUGUUUAGGACCUGUGAAUAAUGCAGAUUUUCAAUCUUUCUUUUUAUAGUUAUGAACCAAUACACUUUUAUAUUAUUAUUUUUAUACGUUGUGCUUACUUGGAUGCAUCUUUAAACACUAUUAAUCUAUUCUACAUAAUGUGUUUUUUCUAUCUUGUUUUGUGCUUUUAUUGUUCGAUCCAUGGUUAGGCCUCUAGAUGGGGUUUUGUGUUGCACUAAGCCUGCAUUACAGCCUUUAACUGUGUUGCAGGUUGUUUUUGUAAGACUUUCUUUUCUUAUUGGUAGGGAUUCUCUAACCUAUACAAGUCAGAUCUUUGUCACAGCAUUUUUCUUAAAUCCCAGAUAACUAUAUAGUUGUCCUUAAUGUCUUUACCAAAUAAUUUAUUAAUGCUAGGCUCCCUUUUAAUGGAUUGAUUUUUAAAGAACAUAUUGAUUACGUCUGCGCUGAAGGUAACGUUGCCAGAUUUCAAUGUGAAAGAAAGGACUCUGCAGGAUGUUAAGUGCAAACAAAGCAUUUUGUUGUGGGGUAAUGGCUGAUAGAACCGCAAUACAUUAAAGUAGCGUUGGUAGACUGAUGGCCUCGGGCUUUGUAAAUGUGAUGGUGGUCAAUACAAGUCUCAUUUCUGUUCUGUAGAGUUUUGUUGGUUUUUUGUUGUUGUAAAUAUUGAAACCAUAUGGACCUGUAGUAAUGGGGUGAUCUUCCUGUGCUCUCCUGUAUAGUACAGCACCCUAUUAAUAUAUAGUACUCGAGGUAAUGGUUAUUGGUUCUCUGUGUGACACAGCGUUUUAUUAAUAUAUAUUACUCGAGGUAAUGGUUUUUGGCUCUCUGUGUGAUACAGCGUUUUAUUAAUAUAUAGUACUCGAGGUAAUGGUUUUUGGCUCUCUGUGUGACACAGCGUUUUAUUAAUAUAUAGUACUUGAGGUAAUGGUUUUUGGCUCUCUGUGUGAUACAGCGUUUUAUUAAUAUAUAGUACUCGAGGUAACGUUUUUUGGUUCUUUGUCUGACACAGCGUUUUAUUAAUAUAUAUAGUACUCGAGGUAACGUUUUUUGGUUCUCUGUGUGACACAGCGUUUUAUUAAUAUAUAGUACUCGAGGUAAUGGUUUUUGGCUCUCUGUGUGACACAGCGUUUUAUUAAUAUAUAGGUAAUGUUUUCUUGGUGGGUGUGUGUUUUUAUAUGGUUUUGUUACACAAGUAAUGUAUCAUUUUUCUUGAGAUGGUGCAGAUAAUCUUCUCUGGAGUUUCCUGCCUAACUGAAAUGUAAUUUAAUUGGAACCGGUUUAAUUUGUAUCAGUCAAAUGUUAGUUUUUGAUGUGUGUGUGCUUUUUUUUCCCCCCCAGUUGUUUCUUUCUUAAAUCCAUUACUUUGACAUCAUAAAAAUAAAGUGACAAUAUAGGCACCAAAACUGUAGCUUAAUGAAGCCAUUUUGGUGUAUAGAUCAUGUUUAUACAGCCCUGGUCACGUGCCCCUGCAUGUGACUUGCACAGCCGUCCUAAACACCUCCUGUAAAGAGAGAUCUAAUGUUUAAACUUCCUUUACUGCACAUUCUGUUUAAUUUAGAAUUUCUUCUCUCCAUAUCUGACAAUAAUCUGCUACAGCCUGCAGGAGCCUCCUGUCUGUGAUUAAAGUUUUAAUUUACAGAGCAGAAGAUAAAAAGAAUAAAACUCCUACAGCGAAAUAUCUGAUUAAAAUGGAACCAUUUUUUUUUUCAUGCAGCUAUCGGUGUGAUCCAGUCUUGGGAGGUUUGGCCAGGGCUGUAUAAACACAAAGAAAAGCUUUGUUUGUUUGUUUGUUUUUGUGUUUAUCUCCUAAAUGGCAGAGAAUUGAGCAGGGACUGCAGGGAAAUGAUCAAUACACCAAAACUGCUUCGUUAAACUGAAGUUGUUUUGGUGACUGUGGUAUCCUUUUAAUGGCAUUUUGCUUAUGCAUUUAUUAUUUCAGGUCUAUGAUCCCAAUCAAUAUUUAGCAGUUAUCGGAAACAUUUUACAAUUGCAAUUUUAAAGCUAAACAUUUAAAUGAACACUGCAAUGUAAUCAAUUAACUAUCAGAGCUCAAAAUUUCCUCUAGCCAUUGGCUAAUGAAAAUUCCACCAUACGAGUAGAAAUUCAGUGUGUUCGUGAUUCUCCUGGCUUUUAUGCUUAUACUAUCCCUUUAAAAAGUCACUGGUCACCUGGAAUAAAAUGUAACUUUUUAAUGCAUUUCUUCAAUUCACAACUUUGGGUUUGUUUUUAUAUAUAUAUAUUCAUAUAAACCGUGGUCGUUUUCCCCUAUAAAGCAGCUUAAUAUUAGAUUUUUUUAUUUUUUAUUUUUUUUUUAUAGGUACCAAUAACAAUGAGGAGAAAUCUGAGGUUCAGUCAAUCAUUGAAUCAACACCAGAGCUGGACAUGGAUAAGGAACCCAAAGGAUUUCAGUUUUCCAGGUACAAAUUUUAUUUGCUGAAACUUUGGGCCUUAAAGGGACACUAUAGUCACCAGAACGACUACAGCUUAAUGUAGUUGUUUUGGUGAGUAUAGUCAGUCCCUGCAGAUUUUUUUUUAUUUUGUGUUUACAUUAAAGACUGGGGACUCCUCCAGUGGACCCUCCUCCGGUGGCUGGAGGUGCUUCUUGGGGCAGUGGUAACACUAUAGGGUCAGGAAUACAUGUUUGUGUUCCUCACCAUAUAGUGUUCCUUUAAUUACUAAAACCACACAUUGGUGCUAGGCUAUUUUUGUGCACAGGAGGUCUGUCCGCAUUAUGGGCAAAUGGUAUAGGUUCUCUCUCCAAUGACACUUGUGAGCAAAAUGUAUUUCAGACAUUUUUAAUUGUUCUCUACUCUGUUUUGGCUUAACCUCUACAACUGGCCCUCUGCAUUCUGGUGUCAAUGACUGAAAUACUGAGCAUAUGCGUCUUAGAAGGAGCACAAGUGUUCUAAUCCCAGUCGAGUCCUCUUAAUAGGUUUUCUGAUACCUGCCAACCCAGGACUCUUGUUUUAACUGUAUACCUGAUAUUGUCAGCCAGUAAACACUGCUGGCCCCAGAACCAGGGCAUCUUUGUUUGCCAGUUAUAUAUACCUUACAACUCACAUUUUUGUAGAAACUGAAGUGAAGUUAGAAAACCACUCAAAAGUUUUCCUCGUCCUCCGAAUUAUGCAUGUAUUUAUUUUUCACCAUUUUUUUCCCUCCACGUUCAGUACUCCAACAAAGGGCAUUGAAAACAAAGGGUUUGAUCGGAACACGGAAUCCUUGUUUGAGGAGCUUUCAUCAGCUGGAACAGACCUAAUCGGGGACGUUGAUGAAGGUGCAGAUCUGUUAGGUAAGCUUUUUUAUGUUGCUGGAUUGGCUUCUGCUUUGUUAACCACAAAAAAAGAACCUAUAAAUUCUGCAGUAGAUUUAAAUGUAGAUUAGAGCAUAAUGCGAAACUCUUAGUUCUUAUAAUCUGCUCCAUGCACGAACAACUGAGAAAUAUGUAUGAGGAAAGACCAGAAACCGAGAUUCAGGGGCUUCUAAUGGACACAGUAAGGGGAAAUAAAUAAAAGGUGAUAGAACAAUGCACAUUUAUUAUGGGAUGGAACGGCCUGUAAGGCUAGUGUUAACUGUAAUAUUUAUAUAUAAUAAAAUAUAUCUCUUACAGGCAUCUUAACAAGAAGCAAUCUCUUCAAUGUUUGCUGUUCCAAGCCAUAAAACAUUAACGGUUUCUCAGUUUUGUUUUUUUUCGAAUAAUCUUGUUUAUUUCAGGAAUGGGGCGAGAAGUUGAAAAUCUUAUCCUAGAGAACUCCCAGCUUCUAGAAACAAAGUACGUGGCUUUAUGUAUCUCAUGUAUGCUACAAUUAUUAUAUAUAUUUUUUUUUUUCUCACCAUCUGAUCCUUUCUUCCUACAUUUUUAUGCUCCGAUUUCCAUCAGUCCAGUAGUAACAUUGCACAGUAGCUUGCUUUAAAUCCGUUCUUGUUUUCCUUGAUCUUUUUUGACCCAAACCCCUGUUUUCACUUCUUAAUAAAGAGGCCUCUAUAGUAGUUUGGGAUGUUUGUUGAGAUUUUGGUUUCAUAUACAUUUUAUUUUUCGGGGGGUCGGAGAGGGUUUAUUCCUAUUUGUGUACAUUUUUAGUACAUUUAUUUUACUUACAUUUUAAACUACUUUAUUUUUCCCCAUUGCCUAGAAAUGCUCUAAAUGUCGUGAAAAAUGAUUUGAUCGCAAAGUUGGAUGAGCUUGUGUGUGAGAAGCAGGUCUUGGAGGAAGAACUGUUGGUCAUAAAGCAGUCGAAAAGCAAGCUUGAGGAAAGGAACAAGGAACUGGAGGAAGAGCUGAAGAAGUGGGUAUUUCAGCUCUGCAGACAAUCCAGGGCUUUAUUUUGCAUAAUUAUCGGCCAGCCUUUAGCCAUCCACAAUAUAUUUAUUGAAGACUUACAUUCUGUUUCUCCCGGACACUGGCAACCAUUUCCCCCACCCCACACCCCUCUAUUAUUAAGAUUAGCACCAGAUAAGCCAGGAACACAUAUUACUAUGUUAUUAGAUUAUUAACCCCUUCAGUACCAAAUAAAGGUAUUCUUCCCCCCCCCCCCACACACACACACACAUUUUCUUAUAUCUUGAUCCUGUUUACACUUUGAAACCGUACAGUACAAAAGGGUUUAGUUGCAUAUGUGCUUUAACUCUUUCUAGGGCAAGGGCAGAGACUGAAGAAGCGCGGCAACGGGGCAAAGACGAGGAAGAUGUGAGUCUACUAAAAUGA